AUGGCAAAUAAAAUACUAGAUCCAAUCUUUAGAUUAUAUGAUCCGAUUCGUUAUUCAUUUAACAAGAAAAAAGAGGAUUAUAUUAUCAUCUCACCCACUGUUGGUUCUAAAUCCCAAUUGAAUGAUGGUGGUAGAAUUACUUUCGAAAUAAAUUCAUUAUCGAAUUGGUUGCUUCUUUCCGAUGCUUAUUUCAGAUGUGAUUUCAAAAUUAAAGAUGGAACUCAGAAUCAAGUACCACAAACUAAUACAACGUUAGGAAACAAUUUCUUUCCAUCUUUAUUUAGCGAGAUGGUUUUGGAAGCUGGUUCAAAUCCGAUAGAAACAAUCAAACACCCUGGGGAAUUCGACACAAUGUUGAAAACAGUUUUAUAUCCUAAAGAUUUCGAUUCAGUCUCAGGUUGGAUACCCGAUGUUGGUGAUGGAAGUGUUUGA